AUGUCUUCCGCCGUUGAGUUCGAUGCAAAGAACAUGGUGUUUCGGAGACUAGGCCCCAGCGGUCUGCGAGUACCUUUGUUCUCGCUUGGAGGAUGGUUAACGCUCGGGGGCUCUGUUCGUGGUGAUCCCGUCAGGGAAAUCAUCAAAACCGCCUUCGAGAAUGGCAUAAACAUGUUCGAUACCGCGGAGGGCUACGCAGCCGGUCGCUCCGAAGAGGAAAUGGGUCGGGUGAUCAGGGAGCUUGGCCUGCGAAGGACGGACUUGAUCAUCUCCACCAAGCUUUUCUGGGGCCCUCAUGAGCCGCAGAACGGCAUGGGCUAUCCAGGAAGCAUACUGAUGUUUUGCCCUCGCAGUAUCGUUGAAGGCACGAAGGAAUCUUUACAGCGACUCGGACUUGACUAUGUCGAUGUCAUCUUUGCACAUCGCCCUGAUAACACGGAGACAGUUCGUGCAUUCAACUUCGUAAUCAAUCAGGGAUGGGCUUUCUAUUGGGGAACGUCCGAGUGGUCUGCACGUGAGAUCGAGGAGGCACAUCACGUUGCCGAAAAACUCGGUCUGAUGGGCCCUGUCGCGGAGCAGUGUGAGCAUCAUAUGCUCCACCGCGACCGCCCCGAAGCCGAAUACGCUCCUAUAUACAGCAAGUAUGGUAUGGGCACGACUGUCUUCUCCGCACUGGCCGGUGGUCUGCUCACAGGCAAGUAUAACAACGGUAUCCCUCCGGACUCCCGUCUGGCCGGCGAACAGGAGCAGUGGCUCAAGGACCGCGCGAAGUCGCUCGGCGAGCCAGAAGGCCAGGCGAUGCUCGCUAAAAUCAAAGCCCUCGCCGACGUCGCCGAGAAAGUCUCGCAUCUCGCGCUCGCGUGGAUCGCCCGGAGUCCGAACACGUCCACGCCCGAGCAGAUCGUCGACAACCUCAAGGCCCUCGAGGUCAUCCCGAAGCUGACGCCUGCCAUUGUGGAGAAAAUCGAGGGCAUACUGGGUAACAAGCCGCGCCACCCGUGCCCGACGUUCGGACGCCCGCCGCUGGAUCUUUUUGGCAGGUCGAGUCUGUAG